AUGAAAGCUCUGUCACUUCGAAGGGGACUUGUCGCUCGUGCUUCCGCGGUGGCGUACACUAGCCAAUGCUGGUGCUCUACUGACGCCAAGUCUGAGAAACGUGCUGAGGAGAAAGAAGCACCAUCGACUGGCACCGAGGAGGUUGUGUCCGCUGCCGCUGUCAAGCAGCUGGAGAAAGAGCUUGAUGCGUCCAAGGCCAAGAUUGAGGAACUCAAGAAGGAGAUUCUGUACCGCGCAGCAGAUGCUGAAAACGCGCGCCGCAUCGGUCGCGAGGACGUGGAGAAGGCCAAGUUUUACGGGAUCAGCUCAUUCGGUAAGGAUAUGCUGGAAGUUGCAGACACGCUUGAGAAGGGUGUGGAGGCGUUUUCUGCCUUUUCAGAGGCUGAGCUGAAUGAAAACAAGAUUCUGUGCUCCAUUUUCACUGGCGUCAAGCUCUCGCACAAAGUUCUCCUCAAGAACCUCAGCAAACACGGCAUUGAGAAGAUGGGCGUCACGGUAGGUACAAAGUUCGACCCCAACUUGCAUGAUGCGCUUGUGAGCACUUCGGCCACUGAGACGGCUCCUGCCGACACAAUCUCCAAUGUUUUGAAGGAUGGUUACACUCUCAAGAGCCGUGUUCUUCGCGCAGCUCAGGUCAGUGUUUCUCAACAUCCGUAA